AUGUUUUUGUUAUGUUAUGUUAUUUUAUUGUUAAUUUAUUUGGUAAAAGGUGAUGAUAGCUAUCCUUGGUUAAACCAAGUUCUAAGGCAGGAAAAAUUAUACAAAAAUUGUGAUGUUUUGCACCUGAAAAGAGAUUAUUUGGACACAAACACAUUAGAUCACAUCUUAGUUGACCAUAAGCAUAAAUUACUGUAUUGUUAUGUACCGAAGAUAGCUUGCACAAAUUGGAAAAGAGUUUUAAUGGUGUUAACAAACCAAUCAAAUGCUUCAAAUUUGGUGGACAUACCUUCAAAUUUAGUCCACUCAAAAAAUGCCACCGUAAAGUUAUCGGAUCUGGACAAAAACCUUGCCAAAAAAUGCUUAGAAACAUACACCACAUUCUUAAUGGUUCGACACCCAUUUGAGAGGAUUUUAUCGGCGUAUAGAAAUAAAUUUAAUGGAAAUUACACGAACUCCAAAUACUUUCAGAAACGGUAUGGCAAACACAUCCUGAAAAAUUACAGGAAAGACGCCACGAAGCAGGAACUUAAAUCCGGCGCUAACGUCACAUUCAGGGAGUUCGUGAAAUUCCUGCUGAACGAAGGUCAGCAGGCCAACGAGCAUUGGACGCCGAUUUUCAACUUGUGUCAACCUUGCGCGGUAAAUUACACUUUCGUAGGUCGGUACGAGACCUUGCCGCAAGAUUCAAACACGCUCCUGCAUAUGAUUGGCGCGCCACCGAUUGUUUUUCCUGCCACCAGGAUCGAGCACACCAGCGUGUUGCUCAGGAGUUUCAUGCAGGAGUUGUCCAUCAUGGAAAUAAAGCAUUUGUACAAGUUGUACGAGUAUGAUUUUAGAUUGUUUGGGUACAAUUUGGAGGGGGUGCUAGGGUUUGAUUUAGCUUAA